AUGCCGGUAAUCAAACUCCAGCACGUCGUGUCGUGUAGCACCGAGGACAAUACCCACAAGGCAGAUAAUUUGCUGAGUGCGGACACGUACAGAAAGUGGAAAGCUGCCCGACCAGGGGAGAAGCAGACUUCAGUGAUUCUGCAGUUUGAGAAAGAGGAGCAAGUGCACAGCAUCGACAUUGGUAAUGAAGGCUCAGCGUUCGUCGAGGUUCUGGUGGGGAACUCUUCCUCCGUCCGAGACCAGGACUACGAGGUGCUGCUGGUCACGUCAUCCUUUAUGUCGCCCACGGAAAGCCGCAACGGCACGAAUAUGAGCAAGGUACGCUUCUUCGGACCCGGACAACUGCAGAAGAGUACGGCACAGGAGAAGUGGGACCGUGUGAAAAUUGUCUGCAGCCAGCCUUACAGUAAAAACAUAGCAUAUGGCCUCGCCUUCAUCAAGUUCCACUCGCCUCCAGACAAAAAUGACCCUCCAGUGACAUCACCACAGAAGUUGACCAAGCUGGGUCAAUUCCGGGUGAAAGACGACGCUCCCACUUCAGGCUCCAACAUCCAACCCGGCAGUCUUUUCUUCAGCGCCAAGUCCAGUACUUCCCCCAAAGCUUCACCACAGAGUAACAAGUUGAGCUACGCUGCUGCCACUCUGCAAGCCGCCGGCCCAGCUGCCACAGCAACCACCCCUUCAUCAUCUUCCGCUUCACCACAGACACCUGCGAAGAGAAAAUUUGAGUUUAGCAAAGAGCGUCAGUCAGCCCCUGGCCCUCCUCCGCCAAAGAAAAGUAGCCCAGGAAACUCACCAGAAUCAAAACUCACGACUCCUAAAGUCAAGACAAGCACGCCGAGCCCUGGUGCCUCCAAAGCCUUGCCGGAGAAGACAUCUGCAGAAAAGAAGCGUGAGAGUUUGCCAAAAGCCAAAGAGCACCGGUCCAAAGGUGCUAAGAGUCCAGAGCGAGUGCCCUUCAAGCGCAUCAUGGAGGGAGUGGUGUUUGUUCUAAGUGGCUUCCAGAAUCCUUUCAGGGGAGAACUGAGGGAGAAGGCUCUAGACAUGGGAGCCAAGUAUCAGCCUGACUGGACGCCCGACUCCACACAUCUCAUCUGUGCCUUUGCUAACACCCCCAAGUACAGCCAGGUGAAGUCAGCGGGCGGCAUGAUCGUGCGCAAGGAAUGGGUCAUUGAUUGCCAUAAAAGGAAACAGAAACUUUCCUAUAAGAGUUAUUUGAUGGAUGGUGCAGAGUCGAGCUCAGAGAGCGAAAUGGAGGCUGACGACCAAAGCGAGGAGGAAGUCAGCGCAAAGACGCCACAAAAGCUGUCCAAGCAAGUCACUCCGAAAGUGGAAGCCGAGACAAAAAAUGUUGACGAGUAUGCCGGCUCCACCGAUGUGGACGAUGAGCCAGGUGCUGACGAGGAUUCUGCCGUGGACACGGAGGAUGAGCUGCAGAGGGUGGAGAGCGAGAACAAACAGAAGAAGAUGGUCAAGCAGGAAGAAGAUCCCUACGGCGGUUCCACAGACGAGAACACUGACGAGAACACGGACGCAGAGCCUGAACAGGAUUAUCCAAUCCCGGAUCUGCCGGAUUACCUCAAUGGGAAGCACUUUUUUCUCUAUGGAAAGUUCCCUAACAAUGAGAGGAGACUACUGACUCGCUACAUUGCUGCCUUUAAUGGUGAACUGGAGGACUACAUGUCAGACACGGUGCACUUUGUGGUGACCAGCGAAGGAUGGCACGACUCCUUUGAAGACGCGCUGAUGGAGAACGGCAACCUGAACUUCGUCAAGCCCGCGUGGAUCUACGCCAUCAACAAGCGUCAGAAGCUUCUGCCCUACCAGCCGUACACCGUGGUGCCAUAA